UUAUAAUAAAUUGAAUAUUUAAAACGAGUUUGUAUUAUUAAAAAUUAUUUAUUAUGCCACAUGACAACGAUCCUUGCUUCGAAGGGAGUGAACUUAAAGGCUAUAAAAGACAAAAUGUUCCAAUAACAGCACAACCAGGACUUGUGCAGACUCCACCAGAAUGGGUAAUUGCGUCCCCUAAUAUACCUACCUGUCCACCCGGCUUGGAAUAUUUAACAACUGUAGAUCAGCUAUUGAUAAAUAAAAAAGUUGAGAACUUCAUUUGUUUUAAAACUAAUAACAAAUACGUUGUUAAUAAUGCGAUCGGUCAAAAAGCUUACAACGUUUUGGAGGAUACCGAUUGUUGUACUCGUAAUUGUAGUGGUCCAUCACGUCCAUUCAACAUGAGAAUUUUUGAUAAUUUUCAGAAAGAAGUAAUUCAUCUCUACCGACCAUUAGCCUGUUCCGCAUGUUGUUUUCCAUGUUGUUUGCAAAGUAUUGAAAUUUCUGCCCCUUCUGGUCAAGUAAUCGGACGUGUAGAACAAGAAUGGAUGCUUUUUGCACCAUCUUUUCGAAUAAAAGAUGCUAAUGAUGAAACUGUAUUACGUAUUGAGGGCCCAUAUGGUGCACAGAGCUGCUGUAAUGAUGUAAACUUUAAUGUUGUUUCCCUUGAUGGUGACGUUAUUGGGAAAAUCUCAAAGAAGUGGUCUGGAUUUAUUCGUGAACUUUUCACAGAUGCUAAUUGCUUUGGUAUUAAUUUUCCCAUGGAUUUGGAUGUUUGUAUUAAGGCAGUAUUAUUAGGAGCCACAUUUCUAAUAGUAAUUUAA